CAGGAAAGGCGACGGCCUCCUCUGUGCCCAUGCACAAGUCGUCAGGGGGCUCGAGUCCUAUCAUGCCUCUCCAGCCUCGCGCACCGGUAUAUAAAGAGGAAUUGAGUUUGCGCAGGUGGAGUCUCUUGACAGCCGUGCUUCACAUUUAGAAUUUGAUCUGCUGUCAGGUUAUUGGGCGGUUGCGCACUGAAGAUUAGACUGGAGAAAAAAGACUAGGAGCGAGAAAAGGGAACGGCGCGUCUGGUUUGGGGUUCGCUGCUUCUUGAAAGAAGGAAUUGCCACCAACGGCGCUGGACCAUGGCAGACGAGGAGACCGCUCGGAGCAGCAGCAGCCCUAGCGGCGGCGCCACUGCCGAGCCUUUCGUGGGUUGCUGCGAGAGCAGCCGCUGCAAUGUGCUCAGCUGGGAACAAGUGCAGCGCUUGGACCGCAUCUUGACCGAAACCAUCCCGAUCCAUGGCCGGGGGAACUUUCCGACACUGGAGAUGCAGCCGCGUCAGAUCGUCAAGGUGGUGAGGAGCCGCCUGGAGGAGAAAUGCAUCGGCGUGCGCGAUGUGCGCCUCAACGGCUCGGCGGCCAGCCACGUCUUGCACCAAGACAGCGGCCUGGGCUACAAGGACUUGGACCUCAUCUUCUGCGCGGACCUGAAAGGAGAGGCCGAAUUCCAGACCGUCAAAGAUGUGGUCUUGGACUGCCUCUUGGAUUUCUUACCGGAAGGAGUUAACAAAGAGAAGAUCACCCCCCUGACUUUGAAGGAAGCCUAUGUGCAGAAAAUGGUGAAAGUGUGCAAUGAUUCAGACCGGUGGAGCCUCAUCUCCCUCUCCAACAACAGUGGCAAAAAUGUGGAGUUGAAAUUUGUGGACUCUCUGAGAAGGCAAUUUGAGUUCAGUGUAGACUCCUUUCAAAUCAAGCUAGAUUCCCUCCUUCUUUUUUAUGAAUGUUCUGAGAACCCAAUGACUGAAACUUUCCACCCCACUAUCAUUGGUGAGAGUGUCUAUGGGGAUUUCCAAGAAGCCUUUGAUCACCUUUGCAACAAGAUAAUUGCUACCCGGAAUCCAGAAGAAAUCAGGGGAGGUGGCCUCCUUAAGUACUGCAACCUCCUCGUAAGAGGCUUCCGGGCUGCUUCUGAAUCGGAGAUUAAGUCGCUCCAGAGAUACAUGUGCUCAAGGUUUUUCAUCGACUUCUCAGACAUUGGGGAACAGCAGCGGAAACUGGAGUCGUACUUGCAGAACCACUUUGUAGGGCUGGAGGACCGCAAGUACGACUAUCUCAUGACUCUUCAUGGGGUGGUGAAUGAGAGCACGGUGUGCCUGAUGGGGCAUGAGAGGCGGCAGACUUUGAAUCUUAUCACCAUGCUGGCCAUCCGUGUUCUAGCUGAGCAAAAUAUCAUCCCAAACGUGGCCAAUGUCACUUGCUACUACCAGCCAGCCCCAUAUGUCGCAGAUGCUAACUUCAGCAAUUACUAUAUCGCCCAGGUUCAGCCAAUCUUCCCCUGUCAGCAACACACGUACUCAACUUGGUUGCCCUGCAAUUAACGUCUGUUUUAAUAGACUUGGUGGGGAAAGUAUUUUUUUUUCUAUCAAGCAACUAAAGGGGAAGGAUGGCACUCUCCUUUAAAAAAAUAAUAAAAUAAAUAAUGGGGUGGGUUUUGAGCAAUGGUGGUCGUCUUCUCUGGCUUUUCAAGCUUGAGGAAAGCCAGUGGUUCUUCUCUGUGAUGUGAUGAAGCAUGAUUGAGAAAAGAACCCAACACUUAAUUGGAUUCCACCCUACAGCACAAGAGGCCUGUCAUGAAAAGCAAAAAGCUCCCCUUGAAGGAAUCCAGGGAAGAGUGCUUGGUGACAAUAUGGGUCGGCUUAGCCUGCUCCCAUAGCUAUGGCAUAGUGAAAGUUGGGAAGCCUUUAUUUUUUAAAUGCGAUCUGUGGGGGCAAAAAAAAAGGGAGACUGUUGGGUGGAGUGGAAAAAGUUUUUAAAAAGUAUUAAAGAAUUAGAAGUUAGAGGUGUAACAUGUUGCGGCAAGAUGUCCAUUGGACUUGCUGCCUUCAGGGCAUGGAAUCAACAAGUGCGGUCUGUGGAUCCAUCCCAUAAUGUAGGUCGCUCAAAUACAGUGCUUUAGGAGAAACAGCUUGCUCCAGCUGAACAGCAGUAGAUUGGUACAGUUAUUAAAAAGCAGGGGGGAGAUGACAAAUUCCAUUGUUUCCAGCUGUGUGCAUGCUUCACAUUAUAAAAAAAAUGUGGAAAAGCAAGAAAACCAGCUGUAGCAAGCAACAUAUGCUUCCGGACCAAAGAUUUCACAGAUAAGUUAUCUAAGCAAAGAGGAAGACACAGUAGACAAUUAAAUAAAAUAGAUAUAACUAUAUUUGUACACAGAAAUAUUAAACAAAAGUGCCUGAUGCCUUCAGAAAAUUUGAAGUGAGAGAAAUAUAGUUUUGUGGUUUAACCUUGCAUUUUGUUUUUUUAUCAGGGACACAAGAUUUAAAAAAAAAAGCUUGUGAAUAGAUGGUGGAGGAAAUGCCUAAAUUUGUUUUCCUGGCAAAUAUGUAUAUAAAAUUUAUAUUGUUGGUGUGAUGUUCUCA